AUCCUGGCUUAAAGACAAUAGUAGAGCCCAUCAGACCCAGAGAGAAGAGGGAAACAGGAAACACCAUCUAUUAAAGACCUGGCCACUCAUCCGGAUCAUCCUGAAUGAUGGACCUUGGGGAACAAGAUCCACCUGGCUGGGGGAGCAGUGGGAGGGACAGCAUGGAGAAUAUAAGAGAAACCAGGGGCUAGCACACAUCAGUUGUUACUCCAGCCAGGGGAGGUGAGUGCUCUACAAAAGAGAACGCCCGCUAGGAGGGACCUUGCUACGUUGAAUUUGCCUGGGAAGCAGUUAGGCAUUACGGGCUUGGACUCCUUGGCACGAGUGGGCUCGUGGUCCAGAAGCACAGACUUGCCUCUCCAUCCUCUCGGCGGCAUCCUGUGCAGCAGCCAGUGAGCCGAAGCCUGCUGGAGACUGAUACCACGGAUUUCCUGGCCUGAAUGACAGAGCAGGGCGUCGGGGUUUCUUCUCCCGGGUCCUGCACAAAGAUGAAGAGUCUCUUUGCAGUCACCUUGCUGAUUGCCUGCACUCUGUCUGAGGCACAGGGGAGCCUCCUGGAAUUUCGAAAGAUGAUCAACCAAGCAACGAGCAAAAGUGCCCUGCUCAGUUAUUAUGGGUACGGCUGCUACUGCGCGUCUGAUGGCCGAGGGGAACCGAAGGAUGCAACAGAUUGGUGCUGCCAUGCUCAUCACUGCUGCUACAAACGGUUAAAAUCCAGCGGCUGUUCUGGGAGCAGGCAGCGGUACAGCUACACCUACAAGGAUGGGAACAUCCUGUGUGCUUUGGGCGGCUGGUGUGAGGAACAGGUCUGUGACUGUGACAAGAACACAGCGCUCUGCCUAGAGAGGAAUCUGAAGACAUUUAACAACCGCUACGUUCGCUACCGAGACAGAAAGUGCACAGGAUUCACACCCAGAUUGGGGGCAUAUAACCACCAGCAAGAAAGGUACAGUUGGUACUGUGCACUGCGCAGUGAGCCCUCAUUACUGGUGAGUGCUUUCUAUAGCUGGAUUGUCCCUUUCAAACAGCUCUCGACUGACAUGAAGCAGUUGCCUGGCAUCUCUUUACUUUUCCUGUGCUGGCUGCCCUCCACAUGCAGUAACCUGAUUCAGUUUGCCGACAUGUUGAAGCAUAUGACGGGGAAACUAGCCCUCCUGAAUUACAAUGAUUAUGGGUGCUACUGUGGACUGGGCGGUUCCAAACAGCCGCUAGAUGAGACUGACUGGUGUUGUCAUACUCAUGACUGCUGCUACGGGAAGAUGUCUGCUCUUGGCUGCCACCCCAAAUUGGGAUCCUACCGUUACUCCAUCCAAUCGGGCAGCAUAGCCUGCAGCAGUACAACCACCUGCGAGAAGCUCACCUGCGAAUGUGACAAGGCUGCGGCGAUGUGUUUCCAAAGGGCUGCCCGCACCUACCACAAAAAAUAUCUCUAUUACCCAAAUUUCCUCUGCAAGGGAUCCUCUCCCCCCUGCUAGGCCCCUCGCUGCUCUAGUCUCAGUGCUUCGUAAAUCCCAGCCCCAUCUCUUUCCAAUGCGAGGUGCCGGUUAACAGUUCUCUCUUCCUUCUUCCGCAAGCUGUGACAAGUUCUAGCACAGGGGUGGGCAAAAGGGCCUCCAUGGGCCAGAUCCGACCCACCAAGUGGGUUGAUCCGGCCUGCGGAGACCCUGCCUCUCCCCACCCCCAGGCCAAUCUCCUUCGCCUUGCAAGGAGCAUGUGGCACUUCUAAGCACCACACACUCCUGGCAGGAGACUUCGCGUCCCUCCUUUCCCCCAGACCGGGCCUGGGGAUGGAGGGAACUUACGGAGUUUCCUCCUCCCUGCCGUGUGCUCCUGGCAGGGCAGGAGGAGACUUUGUGAACUCCCCCUCCUCCAGCCCUGAUUGGCUUGGGGCAGAAGCGGGAGCAUGCCAGAUCACCUAGGGAGCAUGCCAAAUCACGUCUGGGGUGUGCCAGGGAUGGCUCGAGCCCUUUUUGGCGCCCUGGGCCUGGGUGUGCAGUGCCACCCCCG